AUGCAGGAGAAUUGUGAGAAUGUGACCUCACUGGAUGAUAUGAUGGGAAAAUCCAAUCACCAUGGGGGAGAUUUGGAGGACCUCAAUGGGACCACAGUGCAGGUGAGAAUCAGCACUAAUGAGAAAUGGCAUGAAUGUGCUGUGUGUGGGAAAAGCUUCAACCAGAGAUCAAACCUGAUUGUACAUCAGAGAGUUCACACAGGAGAGAGACCUUAUAGCUGCCCUAACUGCAGGAAAAGCUUCAAACAGAGUUCAGACCUUCUUCGACAUCAAAGAAUUCACACAGGAGAGAGGCCCUACCGAUGUCCCAUCUGUGGGAAAAGCUUCAAUCAGAGCUCAGAACUUAGUAAACAUCAGAGAACCCACACGGAAGAGAAACCCUAUAAGUGUCCUGAGUGUGGGAAAAACUUCAAUCAGAGGUCAGAACUCGUUAAACAUCAGAGAAUUCGCACAGGAGAGACACCUUAUAGCUGCUUGGACUGUGGAGAAACCUUUAGCCAGAGCUCACACCUUACUGUGCAUCAGAGAAUCCACACAGGAGAGAGACCCUAUAAGUGCCCCAAGUGUGCAGAAAGUUUCAGUGUGAGAUCAGCCCUUACUGCACAUCAAAGGAUCCAUACAGGAGAGAAACCCUAUAAAUGCCCCAUCUGUGAAGAAAGAUUCAGUCAGGUCUCAGCCCUUAUUACACAUGAGAGAAUCCACUCCGGAGAGAGACCCUAUAAAUGCCCCAACUGCGGGAAAAGCUUCACGCAGAGCUCAGCCCUAAUUAGACAUCAGAGAACCCACAUGGGAGAGACACCCUAUAAAUGCCUAGACUGCGGGAAAAGCUUCAAGGCGAAGGUUUCUUUAAUGUCCCACCAGAAACCGCACACAGGAUAGAAGGUGUCAGGAGCUUUCCUUGCGGGGCAGGUGUGGCCAAAUUCAGUGGGCUAUUCAUUUUUAUUGGAGCUUACAGGAAAAUAUCAUUUGCAUCGUCUGAAUUGCCAGCAGAAGAGAAGAUGAGGCAGCAUAGAGGCAGACAGCAUGGGAUAGCAUCCACCCCCAGCAGGGAAAAGGAACUGUAGCUGGGGAGACAUGUCAGAAGAAGACAUUUCUAAGGUUUACUGGAUUAUGAAGAGACAGGGAGCAAAUCCCUAAAUUAUCCUUCAGUUGAGGAGACAAAGAAAACCAGAACCUGGAACUCUGACAGUGGGGCUCCUGGCUGAAAGCUAGCCAGCCAUUGCUGGGAAUGGAGUGAGGAAACUACCUUGUACAAAGACUGGUGCUUGUUAAGUUAGCUCCUAGCCAUUAAGAAGCGUAUUUUUACUUUUAUUUGUUUGUGACCCUUUCUAUCUUUAUUCCUUCUGCCAGGUAUCACUUAGGGCUUGGCUACACUUGCAAGGUAGAAUGCAUUAAAGCAGCCCUAGGCACCCUAACUCCCGAUCCAUCCACACUGGCAAGGCACCUAGAGCACCUGGACCAUGCAGCUGGAGUGCUCCUGGUAAUCCACCUCCAUGAGAAGCAUAACACUUGCUGCUCACCUGAGUGUCAGUGUGAAUGAGGUGUUGCAUUACUGUGCUUUGAUUGGCCUCCAGAAACGUCCCAUAAUCCCCUUAAGUCAA